AUGGAAUUCUUAAAUUCCUUGGAAAUAUCGGAUUUGCCUUCUCAUAUUUUAACUUUGAAAAUUGGAGCACCAAUUAUGCUUUUAAGAAAUAUUAAUCCGCCACAAUUAUGCAAUGGAACGCGGUUAUUUGUAAAAGCUUUAAAUAAUAAUAUGAUAGAAGCUACAAUAUUAACUGGAUGUGGAAAAGGUGAAGAUGUAUACCUACCAAGAAUACCGAUUAAACCUAGUGAUAGGCCGUAUAACUUUGAAAGAUUACAAUUUCUGGUAAAACUUGCAUUCGCAUUUACAAUAAACAAAUUUCAAGGACAAUCAUUAAAGAUCACAGGACUUCUCUUUAACACACCGUGUUUCGACCAUGGUCAGUUAUAUGUGGCAUAUUUAAGAGGGGGUGAUCCAAAAAAUCUUUACAUAUAUUGUGAAAAUGGCAAAACUAUGAACAUUGUAUAUUAA